AUGCUAUCACAGUAUAAAAUUCGAGAUCGUCAUUGUUCAAUGAUUUGUUUACGAUUACUGACAAGUACAAAAGAUACUUCUCAGAGCGAUCAACAAUUGACCAGUAAUUUGUGUCGAGAAUAUGGUCGUCGAAUGAAAACUCAUCUUAAUCGUGCUGAGAAUGAUCGAGUAUUGAGUUUAUUCGAUGAACUUAUUCAGAAGCAUCAAAUCAAACCAACUUAUAUGAAUUAUCUACUUGCGAUGCAAGCAAUCACCGGUUCAAAACAGAGGAUAGAAGCAGAUCGAUUGCAUGAUCUCGUAGAACAAGAUGAUUCGAUUAGGAAUGGAACUCAGAUGCAAAGAGGACUUGUUUAUAUGUAUGCUGUCGCUCUCGGCGAUGUUUCCCAUGCAGAGAAACUUGUAGCGGCCAUGCCUAAACCAACUCAUAUCAGUAUAUUCGCUACUCUUAUGACUGGAUACAUUCGUCAUGGCACGCCUGAAAAAGCUGUAGAAUUAUUCACUAAAAUUGAAAACGACGGACAAUUAACACAUGAUCGAUUUUCUUACACUGCAAUGAUCAAUGCAUGUUCGAAAUUAGGCGAUUAUGCUCGAGGGAAAGAAAUCAUCGAUCGAAUUCUCGCAAAUAACGAUCCACAUUUGCUACAGAACGCAAAUCUUAUUACUACGAUGAUUGAUAUGCUCGGUAAAGCUGGAAGUCAUCUUCAACAAUGUAUUCAAUUAUUUAACUCUAUUCAAUUGGAAAAACGCACGGCAUCUCUUUACAACGCGAUGAUGAAAGCAUAUAACAAAUCAGCUGUGCCAAAGGAAACCUUGGCAUUAUUCGAACAAAGAAUUAGUGAAGAAUCUUAUAAACCUGAUCGCAUUCAUUUUCUUCUUGUAUUCAAUGCGUGUGCAAAAAUUGGACGCGUAUGUUUGAAAGAUGCACACAAAUACUAUCAACGAAUGCUGGACGAUUUGCGUUCAUGCGCGCGAAAUCCUCGUUGCCGAAACGCUGCUAUUGACAUGUUUGGCAAGUGUGCAGAUCUUCAAAUGGCUAGGAGCAUUUUCGAAACAAAUCAAGAUUUAAACGAUAUUGUCUCAUGGGGAACAAUUCUCAAUACUUAUGCUCUGCAUGCCAAUGGACGACAAGUACUUCAUAUGUUUGAGCGCAUGCAAAUGGAAACAGAGAUCAAACCGAAUGCACAGAUCUAUUCCACAGUGCUCAAUGCUUGUUCGCAUUCAGGUUUACUUGAUGAAGCGAAGAAAAUAUUUUCCCAAUGUAAAAUCGAAUUACCUGAACUUUGGAAAUAUAUUACAAUCAUUGAUGCACUAGCUCGAGCUGAUCGAUUCGACGAAGCAUUAAAAAUGAUUGACAAAUACGAAUUAACAAACCCCCCGUCGAUGACAAUGUACAUGUCCAUAUUGAGCUGUGCACGUCGCUGCGGUCUUGUAUCAGUUGCUGAAACUAUAGUUCGUCGUCUGGAGGAUUUGAAUACGUUUCGAUCGGAAGAUUUGAAAGUUGCCUACGUAAUGCUUGCUAAUCUUUACAAUGCUCAAGGUCGUCGAGAAGAUGCUUUCAAGAUUCGACAGUUAAUGCGAGACAAGCAAACGAAGAAAAUGCCUGGUUUGACGUGGAUUGAGAUCGAUGGAAUUUUACAUGAGUUCUAUUCGAAUGAUCGUCGUCAUCGCCAAACUGAUGAAAUCUAUAACGAAGUGGCUCGUAUUGAUGAUGAAUUAGAAAAAGACGGACAUAUGGUAGAUAACAAUUCCGUGCCUAGUGGUAGUGUACAUAGUGAAAAGCUAGCCAUUGCUCUAGCAUUAAUUUCAACAUCUUCUGGAAGUUCACUUGUGCUUACAAAGAACCUACGCAUAUGUCCAGAUUGUCAUGAAAUGUUAAAACGUCUAUCGAAAUUACGCAAUCGAAAAAUUGUUUUCAGAGAUUCAUUUCGAUACCACGAAUUCGCUGAUGGCCAAUGUUCAUGCGGCGAUUUUCUCUGA